CCCUUCGAUUGCGAAGCUAUUGCUAGCCACCGGGUUUCCUCCAAGGUCCCGCGCCGUGGAGGUACCGCGCGAUGGAAAAACUAUGACGCGCGGAUACCUGGAUGCCUAAGGUUGAGCCUCGCCCCCGCCCAGAACCUUAACUUGACCUUCUCUGUGACUCACAUAUUCUUCCUCUUUUCCUCUUUCCAUGGCCAUCAUUGCCGACCAUCACUACACCCGUACAACCACCUGCCGGCAAAUACGAUGUCGGAGACCACGGCAAAGACAAAGCGCGUCAAGACCAUGACGCUAGCGAAAGGGUACCGCUACCCCGAGAUCCCGGAGGCUCUGCUGGACCAUCGAUACGAGCAGAGCCAGCAUGCCGAGUACAGAGUUGUCGCUUUCACCACGUCGACCGCAUGGGGCCCUGGCAGUGUCGCCGCCAGCCGGGCUCAGGUGGAACCAACUGUCACGCGCGACAACGAGCAGCUCUUCCGGACAUACCACCCAUCCCUCAGCUGCGCCAUGACGGUCGGCAUCUUCACAGAAGGCAGUGGCCGCGCCAUCUGGUAUGCCGAGCACUUCCAGAGUGCGCCAACCCACACCCACGCCGGCGACCUGGAAGUCCACGUCGUCCCCGGCGCGUACCCCAUCGACACGCUUCACUACCCGUUGGCGGGCCGCGAUACGAUCCACUACGCCAUCAACCCCCGCCGUCUUCUAUCGAGCGAGGAUAUCCACCAGUUCGCGGACAUGUUCCCACGUGCCAUCGGGUUGCAGAUCUUCAUCGCCGGACGCAUCCAUGUCCUAUACCAGGACAGGACCUACGUUGAGGCGGACUGGAGAGAAGGCGUCCCGCAACAAGUCGGCGGCUUGGCUGUCCAGUUUUCCGUCCCAUCUAUCAUCCCAUCGCAGGCCGAGCUCACCUAUAGGCAAGGUGUGGCGGCCAAGAAGGACUCGAGGAUCGCAACCGGCUGCCUCGGUGUCUCGCUGCGGCUUCCGGACGGCGAAGUCGUCGCCACCACCGUCACCCACGGUUUCGUCCAUCUCCCGGGCGUCGGCUAUCUCUCGCGAGCUGUCGGGCUCUUCGACAAGCUGAAGAAAUCCCUCCUGCGGCUCCGGUGGCCUCCGCAGCAAGAGUCCCUCACCGGCCACGUCCGAUCAUCAGACCCGGCCGGCAACUCCCCCGUGGGAAAGGAGGUCUGGGUCGCAGCCACAAACUGCCGGCUGGGAACCAUAGGCCACACCUUCGACCGGCCAAGCCGCUACCUCCCCUACCCCCACGGCUACGGACACGAUCUCUCCCUCGUCAGCGACUGCUUGGGCCGCACACUCGUCCCGCAGCCCUACCUCCCCACCGUCGACGGCUGGGCGGACAUGCGGAAGGUCCUUGACGGCGGCCCGCUCUUCCUCACGGCGCAGCUCCUCCAUCUCGGGCCCCACGCUACCAACAAGUCCGUGUUCGGCACCGUCACCGGCGAGGAGGCUCAAGAGGCCAUCCUGACCGAAGCGGACGACGCCAUGGCCGAGGGACACCAGUACUUCUUCGACCGAGAGACCCUCGACGUGUCGGUGGCCCUGCUGUGGCGCGUCGUGCCCAAGGAUCAGACGAGGAACAUGACGGUCAGCGGGUUCUCGGGCUCCGUCCUCUGCCUUGGCAGGCCGUCAGACAGGACGGCGAAGGCGGUCGUCUUCCAGAACUUUGAGUUCCCAGUCUGCAUCCCGAGGAUCGAAGGCGGGAGGAUUGUCGAGUCGCACGACAUGCCGACGUUCAACAUCAAGGCGGGAUUCCUUCUGCCCAAGGAGAUCUUGGAGAGCGAGAUCGUUUAUACGGAACGGUCUGUCUCUCAGCGCUUGUCGAGCUUCCCGGCACGACAACUUGGGCGGGAGGUAUCGGCUGAGAGCCGCCGCAGUGUUUCUGGACCGCAGUAGAGAGAGGCUGCUUGGGACUCGGUUGCUACGAGGUUUAUGUCGUUAUGAAUUAUACCUUAAGACUAGUUGCUCUCGCGAGCCACGGCGUUUUUGGACGGUAAGGGGCAGGUAGCACUCUAUGUAACCCCUUAAUCAACUUCUAUGACUGAGGCACUGGACCUGAUCACAUCGAACUUGAUCUAAACGAGGGCAAGAGAAGGCAGCAGCCCUUGAUGACUCCAGAAGCCUUCGUGAGACCAGACACAGUCACACAGCGGAUAUGGAUCUGAGCGCUUCUACGAUAUAACACUUGCACACACAAACACACACACACACACACAACUUCUGUUUACAAGGAAAACGAGACGUACACAUACAGUCCGUGGCUCAACGCUUUGCCUGCAG